AAUAUUUUAAUUACAGAAAUGUAAUGCGUCGGAACGUUGCGAAAUCGUAGUCUGUGGUAGUCAAAUUUAUUAUUUCGACGGCCUGUAAUCGUGUAUACAAAUAGAAAAAAAUCGGCAGCAAUGGGUUUUUUAAACAUAAACACCGAUCUGUUACCCAUAAAGACGCAUUAUUUUCUUUACGACGCAGCGAAUUCACCCAUUAAUCCAUAUCUGUCGACGAUUGCCAAGCAGCGGGGCUACUCUUCAUCGAUAGUUGGCAAUAUCUUAACGUUUCUGUUGCUGCUGAACAUUGUGGUCAAACCUCUGACUGGCUACAUAACUGACAGAUGGAAAUGCCGACGGACCGUGUUUUUAUGCGCAAUCCUACUGAACGGUUUGAUAACGCCCACGUUGUAUCUCAUUCCGGGUGCUACUUCGUCGACUGGAGAGUUGUCCAACGCCGAAACCUUUGGCUCGUUGCAAUUCUGGUUGUUCACAUUUGUUGUCACGCUGAGGAUGAUAUUGUUUAUGAUCGGUGAAGUCCUGCGAACCAUCUGCAUGGGAAUAUUAGGCGGAGACACCGUAAAGUUCGGAAUGCAACGGCUCUGGGGCGCAGCCGGAUGGGGUGUCAUGUCUAUGAUAUCGGGAGGCUCCAUUGAUUGGUACAGCACUGGCCUAGCACAAAAAAAUCAUUUACCCGGAUAUUUGCUUUCGGCAGCUUCAUUUUUCGUAGAUUUUGUGGUAGCAUUCAAUUUAAAGGUACCAGAGACCGAUGGACCCACAACAAAUAUACUGAAGGAUGUAAAAGUUGUUUUGAAAAAUGCCAAAGUAUGCGUUUUCCUUGUUUGGGCAAUUAUUGGAGGAAUUUUCACGGCGUACAUUUGGUUUUAUUUCAUCUGGUACCUCGAUGAUUUGGCCAACAUUUAUCAUCCUGAACGGAAAUCGAUGAUAAGCUCAAUUGAAGGAUUUUCUCUUACAAUCGAGUGUUUAGGUGGUGAGGUUCCAUUUUUCUACUUAUCUGGCCACCUGAUCAAACGUACUGGACAUAUGACGGCAUUCUCAAUAUCAUUCGCUAUGUUCGCAUUAAGAUUUCUCUUGUAUUCGGUCAUAAGAGACCCACUGUGGGUAUUACCUGUAGAAAUGUUAAACGGUAUAACGUUUGGAUUGAGCUAUAUUGCCGGAAUAUCAUAUUCCGCAAAAAUAGCCCCUGUUGGUAGCGAAGGUACAGUUCAAGGGCUGUUUGCGAUGGCGUUCCAAGGAUUCGGAGCAUCGUUGGGUGCAACAUUAGCCGGUUACACAUUCAGCCAUUUAGGCAGUGUAAUGGCUUUUCGACUUAUUGGUUUCACCGCUCUCGUUAUGUGCAUCAUUCAAAUAGCCGUCAAUCAAUUUAUCAAUAGGAAUAGAAGAUUAAUCACAUAAAUAAGCUGACUUCAAAUUGAAGAGAAUUAAGAAUUCAAUACACAAUCGUCAUUUCACACUUAUACUAUCAGAUAAUUGCAAAAUAGGUAUAAAAUGUUAUUCAAUUUUAAACAUAUUUGAUGUAAUUAACAUUUAAUGUAUAGAUUUUGCACAUUAAAUACAACUAUAGUUAUACAUUA